AUGGCUCAGCCCAGGAUCUUUGAGCCGAAGGCCGCCGAACUGGGCACCGAGUCCAAAGCCUCCGAGGCAGAGACGGAGGAGCCCACGGAGGAGGUAAGCCAAGUCGAGGUGGUGGAGGGGGAGGAAGACAGCCAUGCGAAGGUCAACAAGAUCGAGGAGGGGCCGGAGGUGGAAGACGUUGCCAGUUGCGGGUUCCUCACCGAUUGCUGGAGCGGCCAACCACGUUCGAGUGAAGCCUAA